AUGGGUCUGCUCUCUGUCGGAACUCCUCUCCCAUGGACAGAAGCCAAAAAAUAUGCAGACCAUGUCAGAACUCAUGGAAUCACCCAGUUCCUCCACAUCUGGGAUCGUUUGAAGGACCGUUCAGGCGAUGAACUGCUUUGGGGAGACGAGGUCGAGUACAUGGUGGUCUCAUUUGAUAACCAGCAGAAGAACGCCAAACUCUCCCUGCGUCAGACCGAGAUCCUCGAGAAGCUCAGCUCGAUUGUGGACGAUAUCUGUGCGGACUGUCCGGACAGCGUCUCGGUCCCUCGGUUCCACCCUGAAUAUGGCCGUUACAUGCUCGAAUCGACUCCUGGAUCGCCAUACACCGGGUCUAUUCAAGAUCUCCUUUCUGUGGAGAACAACAUGCGCUAUAGACGCAGCCUGGCUCGUAAACACUUAAACCCAAACGAAGUACCACUGACUUUCACCUCGUUCCCCCGCCUUGGUGCCCCAGGGCAGUUCACAGAACCCUAUUUCGAUCCCGCCGACGCUGUCUCGAGCCACAGCUUGUUCCUGCCAGAAGAAAUUACCAACCCUCAUGCACGCUUUCCGACGUUGACUGCCAACAUUCGGAGCAGAAGAGGCUCCAAGGUAGCCAUCAACCUCCCGAUCUUCUUUGACAAAAAUACGCCUCGCCCAUUCAUUGAUCCAACGAUUCCGUGGGACAGGAACAUCUAUCCGGAAGACCACGAGGCGAAGGAUGGGGCAGCCUUGCCUGACCACAUCUAUAUGGACGCGAUGGGCUUUGGCAUGGGUUGCUGUUGCCUGCAGCUAACCUUUCAAUCUUGCAACGUCUCAGAAGCGCGGCGAAUGUAUGAUGGACUCAUUCCCAUUGGACCGAUUCUGUUGGCCCUGAGUGCAGCAAGCCCGAUUUGGCGAGGUUAUCUUGCUGAUGUCGACUGUCGCUGGAACGUGAUCGCUGGAAGCGUCGAUUGUCGCACAGAGGAAGAACGUGGGUUGAAGCCUUUGAAGAACGAUCGCUUCCGUAUCCCGAAGUCGCGCUACGACAGUGUGGAUCUAUACCUUUCGGAAGACUGGACGAAUAGGCCAGAGUACAAUGAUACCUACGUGCCGUACGAUGAGGCUAUCUUUGAAAGGCUUCGCAAGCAUGGAAUUGAUGACCUCCUCUCCAAGCAUAUUGCGCACCUGUUCAUCCGGGAUCCCAUCGUCAUUUUCCUUGAAAACCUAGACCAGGACAACUCCACCAAUAGCGACCACUUCGAGAAUCUCCAAUCCACCAACUGGCAGACGCUCCGAUUCAAACCACCGCCACCCAACUCGGAGAUUGGGUGGAGAGUUGAAUUCAGAAGCAUGGAAGUGCAGAUGACAGACUUUGAGAAUGCUGCAUUUUCAGUGUUCGUCGUGCUGCUGUCACGGGCGAUCCUCAAGUUCCAACUCAACUUUUACAUCCCGAUCUCGAAGGUCGAUGAAAACAUGGCUCGAGCACAGCAGCGUGAUGCCGUGAACGAAUGUAAAUUCUACUUCCGAAAGGACGUCUAUACGCCCGGAAGUAGUGCCGCUUCGACUCGCACACCUUCACCAACGUCAUCAUGCAGCUGCAAUAGCGGGACGGGCCCCAAGGAGAAAAAGUUGAGAAACUGCUUCUCUCCACCUGUGCUCCCCGAAGACGGAUUUGUCAACGGACAUUCCGUCUCCGACGAGUACGAAGAGAUGACGUUGAACGAGAUCUUCAAUGGGAAGGGCGACCAAUUCCCUGGACUGCUUCGCCUUGUUGAAGCCUAUCUGGACACCCUCGAAAUUGAACCCACUGCACUAACGAAGAUCCAACAGUACCUUGACCUUGUUCGUCGACGGUCGAAUGGGUCGUUGCUAACGUGCGCCACUUGGGUGAGGAACUUUGUACGAUCCCACCCUGCCUAUAAGCACGACUCGGUCGUGUCUCAGGAGAUCAACUAUGACCUAAUGGUCGCGGUCGAUGAGAUCGAACGAGGAGUCAGGAAAGCGCCCGAUCUGUUGCCUGAAUAUUAUACAGGCGGCAACAAAGACCAGGGACACCUGGAUGGUAUUUAG